UCACAGCAAGGACACAAAUGUGACAACUUAUUGCGCUCUUUAAGAAAACAAUGUGGAAAAACAUAUGGAAUAAGGUGUUCGUGGUCCUGAUGGUGUGGAAUCUGUUUGUGCCCAUUGACACAAAGCACACCAGUAAAGAAGGAAAGUCUCGGAGACGAAAACUGGAAUCACAUCCUCGCCGGAAAGGGUCAUCUGUCAAAAUUUCCCCAGAUCCAAUGAUGACAGGUCCAGAAUCAGGAGUGAUGCCUGGUGCUGUUGAAACGGACUUUGAUAAGAGUAUCGAGGAUAUGGUGUCCCAGGUCAGAAACAAUCCCAACUUAACCAUAAGCAAAUGUGUGGUGGAUCGCAAACUGUGGAUGUCCAAUAGUCGCAGCCUCUCUCCCUGGUCCUACAGAAUCAACCACGAUGAGAAUCGUAAGCCCGUGGAUAUCCCAGAGGCCGUGUGUUCGUGUGUGGGAUGCAUCAAUCCUUUCACCAUGCAGGAGGAUCGCACCAUGACCAGCGCUCUCAUCUACACCAAGAUCCCCGUGCGCAGACUCCUCUGCCACCGGCCAACGAAGAAGCCGACGAAGAAGAAGACAUGCGUUCCCCGUUACAGAACGGUGGUGGAGAGCAUCGCCGUGGGGUGCACGUGCAUCGUGGGCUAGCUGAGUGCAUGGGAUUGACCGUCACAUUUCAACCUGUUUUAUAGCCUACUUCAAAUGAAUCCGGAUCCAAUUGUGCAUAUAUGAUGUAACAAAUAGUGAAGAAUACAUUUAGUGAGCUCAA